AUGGCUUCUUCAUUCACCGCAAACCCCGAUAUGAACUUGAAUCCAUUGCGCAAAACGCGAAAGAAAAUGGGGAAGGAAACCCAGUCCCAAAUGAAUACAACAGAGAAAAUGGGUCGUGCUAGAUGGGGAACCGAAACGGAGCAAAAGAUCUACGCAUCGAAGCUCGUGGGCGCUCUCCGCCAUCUCCGCCGCCCCGAAUCCCCGUCUCCCUCCGCCUCGGGUCGUGCUGUACGUGAGGCCGCCGACAGAAUCCUCGCCGUUUCAGCUAAGGGAAGGACUCGCUGGAGCCGGGCUAUUGUCACGGGUCGACUCAGCCUCAGACUCGCUCAGAUCAAUAAGAAACACAAGAAGAUGUCAAAACCGACAACUGGUGAUUCCACGUCGAAGAAACGGGCCUUCAAGAAGAAACUGCCACCUGUGCAGAGUAAACUGCGGAUUUUAGGCCGGCUAGUUCCCGGUUGCCGGAAUCUUUCAUUGCCUAACCUUCUGGAAGAAACAACUGAUUACAUUGCGGCUCUGCAAAUGCAAGCCAACGCGAUGACUUUUCUCACUGAACUCCUCACCAACGGCAGCUCAUUAGCCGCUUCGUCGGAUCGGCCCGGCUCGGAUCAGUAG